AUGUAUACUACAACUUAUGGUUACCCUAAUAAUGCUUAUAUGCAGCAAUCUUCUGACUACUAUAGCCAGCAACCUUAUCCUGUUUACAACAACGGCGGUAAUACGGGUGGUUUCUGGAGUGCGUUUGGAACUGGAGGAUUUCCCGGCGAACCACCUUUAUUAGACGAGCUUGGUAUUAAUUUCGAACAUAUAAAAUCAAAGAGUUUGGCAGUCCUAAAUCCACUUAGAACGGUUGACAAGGACAUAAUGACCGAUACUGAUUUGGCUGGACCACUUUUGUUUUGCUUAAUAUUUGGCACUGGAAAAGUUCAUUUUGGAUAUAUUUAUGGGGUCGCUUUACUCGGAUGUGUUUCCAUUUACAUGAUACUGAAUCUUAUGAGUGAGUCAGGAAUAGAUGGGUACCGAACGGCUAGUGUAUUAGGAUAUUGUUUAUUGCCAUUGGUACUAUUAAGUUGUGUUGGCGUUGUAGUACCUUUAAGUGGACCAAUUGGUCUUAUUGCAUCCGCUCUUGCAGUUAGUUGGUGUACAUAUUCUUCAUCCACAAUGUUUGUAACAGUAUUACAAAUGUCGGAGCAACGCAUUUUAGUAGCUUAUCCUGUGGGAAUGUUUAUAUAUGAAAAAUUUACAUGCAACCAUUUUUUAAAAAAAUUCCCGAUGUCCCAACCACAACAAAAUGUCAAAUCAUUCUGGCAAUCUUUCAAAUCAUUACCAAGGCGUACACGCAUUUAUCUUGGAUUAGGUGGAAUAGCGUUCGCUUUAGCUGGUGACCACCUAGCAAAAAUUCUGGAACAAAAAUAUCCGAAUACAAAUCCUUUGAUACCUGAUGACAGCAAUAAAACUUUGUCUUCACAAACACCGGUUGACGAGUUUAAACGUUUCUAA